AGGCUAUUUAGUCUGAGUGGGUUUGAGGCAGAUGAAGGAUACAUCCACAUCUGCAUUUUGGACAGAAUUUGAAGCAAGUCUCUGGCAGCAUAUUGUGAUAAAACACAUCCAGAUUAAAAUCAUGGCUGAGUUUAAUUGCAGAGAAGAAACCGGUCACCAUUCGACAAGCAGCAGCAUCAUUAAUCUACACUCCUGCUUUGCAAAUGGUCAUCUUGUCAAUGGUAUGAGAUCACAAAUACCAGCCUUGCAGACAGAACAGAUUUCGUCAGGGCUUUCUCCUCUGCACACUGGAGGCCUUGCUGAGAGCAGCGACUCCCUGAACCAGCUUAAGGAGAACAGUCCUUCCAUAGACAUGUCUUCAGCUCUCAGAUCAGUGGCGUUAAUGCGCACGUGGGAUUUGAAAAAAAUUCAUUCACCAGUGCCCAAACUGUUCUCUACUCCUGGACUCCAGGAAGACAGCUCAGCUUUGUCCCCAGUGGAUGAUCAGGAUGAUGGAGGGGAUACAGAACCAUCUGAGGAGGAAGUACCGAGUGUAUUCCAGUCAAAGUACCUUCAUAUUUUCCCACUGUAUCAGGACUACUGUCUGCAGGCAGUCAAAGAUGAUUUAUACAGACUCAAAGAGAGCAAUGUGUCUGAGCUGAUUACCCCUGAGUACCUGCAGAGUCUACAUUCUCGUUUUAAACCUUGCUCCAACUCGGAAAAUACAUCCCUUCUACAAACACCUCCAGAGUCAUCUCCAUCCUCACCUUCAUCUCAGCCUAUUAGAGUGACUCCCUGUACUCUCUGGCAAGACCUGGAUGAGGUGAAGGCAUCUGGUCUGCUCAGCAGCUUGACAGCCUCAGAGAUUCGCCUUCAGGAGGCCAUGUUUGAGUUGAUCGGCUCUGAAGCGUCUUAUCUGAGGAGCCUCGGAGUGGCUGUCAAUCAUUUCUAUGCAUCAAAGGCGCUGAGGCAGACUCUGUCUUCAAUGGAGCAUCACGUUUUGUUCUCCAACAUCCAACGCGUGAUGGCAGCCAGUCAAAAAUUUCUCAUGGAUCUGGAAACUCGACUGGGACAAAGUGUUUUAAUAUCUCAGGUUGGCGACAUCGUGCUGCAACACUGCCCAAAUUUUCGCCGCCUCUAUGUGCCGUAUGUGACCAACAUGAUGUACCAGGAGGCCCUCGUCAACCAGCAGCUGCAGAACAACAGAAACUUUCUGUGUUCACUUAACAAACUUGAGCGUGACCCAGUGUGUCAAAGGCAGACCCUCAAGUCAUUCCUGGUUCUGCCCUUCCAGAGAAUUACUCGUGUUAAACUUUUACUGGAGAGCAUCCUGAGACUGACUGAGCCAAAUUCUGACUCCAUUUCAAAUCUUGAGAAGGCAAUAGAUGCCAUUCAUGAGAUCGUGACAAACUGUGACGAAGGGGUCAGAAAAAUGAAACAAAUUGAGGAGCUGAUCUGCCUGGAGAUGCUGCUGGAUUUUAACAAAGUUAAGGCAGUUCCUCUGGUUGUAAGCAGCCGUUUUCUGGUUCACCAAGGACCCGUGAAACAGCUGACUAUGGACAGCUCAAGAAUGUCGUUCAUCAGCAUUUAUGUCCACCUCUUCAAUGACCUUUUGAUCAUCUCCUCGGAAAAGGAUCAACGGUUCAUAGUAUUGGAUCACGCUGAAUUCCCUGAACAUGUGACCGUUGAGCAUCUUAAGACUGAAGUUCUCAGUUUACCCCCAGAAUCCUUUCUGCUGCAUCUCGCUCAGAGUCAAACAGGAAAUCCGUAUGCAAUGAUCGUCGUUGCACAGACGAGGUCAGACAAAGAGACGUGGAUGAAGGCGCUGUCAUCUAAACAGUGAUCAGUACCUGACUGAUUUCAAAGAACAAAUUCUGUUCUUUUUUUUUUUUUUUUUUAAUUGCACAGUAUCACAGUGGAAAAACUUUGAUGUUAAC